GCCGAGAGAGGGGAGAGAGAGCAGAGAGAGGAGAGCUCGAAAGAGAGAGAGCAAGAGAGAAAGAGCGAUAUGUAUAUAGUAACACAUAUUUUAGCUUUGGCGUCGUCGUUGCCGGCCAAGCUGUGGCAGCACAGUAUCUCCGUGAAAUGUGACGUUCGCGUACAAUUUCCGUGACAGCGGUUUUUUUUUAAUUCAUGGGUAUUCCGUGUUUUAUAUCUUUCCGUGUUUCAUAUAACACGUGUGGACGUGCAAGGAAUUAAUAAAAAAAACGUGAGACAGUAAAACAAAGUAAUAAAAGGAAUAAAAAAAUAACAUCAAAUAAAACUCUGAGCUCCUUCUCCCCCGAGGAGACUUCUUCAUCACCGGUCCGCGGACGGAAUCGUACUGAGACUGAACGACGAAUACAGGCGCGCACACAUACACACCAAUCUCGCACGAUAAAUAUAUCGAGCGCGGAUGAAGCUUCGGUUACCGAAGUAAUGGCAAGAAAAGUGGGACCAGAGAGUUGCAGAGAACUUAUGCAAAGCGUUUUUCUCAUCAUGAAAUAAAUAUCGUUUCAUAUAAACGAAACAAAUUGUCUCUGCAGACUUAAAUUUCAGUUUGCCUUGUUACGAGAUUUUCGUUGUUUCUCGGCACAGAAUGGGUAGCAGUAAUCAACAACUUUAUAGCCUCUCAUGGGGUGAGUUUGGAUCUUCGCUAACCUCGGCGGUUCAAUUGCUCAGAGGCCAGGGUGAUCUGGUCGAUGUCACGUUAGCCGCCGGUGGAAAAAGUUUUCCUGCUCACAAAAUUGUUCUCAGUGCUGCGAGUCCCUUCCUUCUGGAUUUACUCAAGAGUACACCAUGCCAGCACCCAGUUGUUAUGCUCGCAGGGGUCGGAGCUGAGGAUCUUGAAUCGCUGUUGGAAUUCGUAUACAGAGGAGAAGUGAGUGUGGAGCCUUCACAGUUACCUUCCCUACUACAAGCCGCACAUUGUCUCAGCAUUCACGGUCUUACACCGCCUACAAUACUCACAGAAAACGGCGAAGAAAUACCUGCCUCCGCAAUACCAUCGGGUACUGAGCCACCUACAAGAGAAAUCAUGAACACGUGUAUGCCUAUGCAACGAAAAAAAAAAAGGAGGAAGUCGUCAUCGACUAGUAUGCCAUCAGGAAAAUGGCCACGCAGUGAUCACGGAGACAGUGACGACCGGGGCCACGAUUCUCACCACAGUAACGAAAGAACGACCGAUUACGAGCACAGUAAAGACGGCGAAAGUGGGCCUCAUGACGAUAUGGCGGGUGUAUCGCCAGCGGAUUAUUUGAAUCAUCGGAGCACCAAUUGGCAUCCAGCAUCACAACAAAGUGGAUCGAUGAUGGGAAAUGUUGAAAAUUCGCAUCAUCCGCAUCAUCAUUCACCGCUAUUGCAUCAGCAUCAGCAUCCGCAUCAUCAGCAUCAACAUCAUCCGCAUCAACAAUCACCGCAACUCGAAGAUAUCGAUGUGAAACCAAAUAUUCACACGCUAAUGCCGAUGCAACAAUAUUCGCCGCUGCAUAUUCCAUCGUUUCCCGGGUCUCUGGCGUAUCCCCCAGGAGUUCCGAUACUGCCAGGCUCCCUGUCAGCAGCUGCUGCCGCUGCGGCUGUCGCUUCUUCUUCCUCUUCUUCCGUUGGCAACGCAACCUCGCCCGGAUCUACGAAAAUUCGUGGCGCUUCCGAUUGUCCAGGGGUUUGUCCGCUCUGCGGCGCCACACUUCGACAAGCCCGCAAUUUGCGAAGACAUCUUUUGUCCUCCUGCAAAUAUCGCUUCAACAAUCAUCCUGCUCCGCAAACCAACGUCGAAACCAUCGAAAUUAAACCCGAAGUCGAAAUGCCCGGCUACACCGGCAAUUCCAUGCAAUAUGCGAACGACAGCGGCGGCAGCAACAGCUGCGAACGAAUUGUUUGCAAACCCAGCCCUCUUCCUUCACCUUCUCCACAUGGAUCUAACGUAGUUUCACCGCAUAGCAAUAUCCCUUCACCUACUAUCGCCAGAUGAGAACGAAGGAACGGUAGAAAGAUGCUACCCUCUCUCAUUAGGCGACGCGAAAAUACCACCGUUUGAUACGGUCCACACACGCCGAUCCUCUCGCAGCUACGAUACGGGAGUUACUAAUCACAACACUUUUAUCAAUCUCAGUUUCGCUUCUGAAGGAAAGUUAAACUCCUCUGAAGAAAUUUCUUAUUUCAAAAGGAAUUUCUGAUUUCAAAAAUUUACAAUUUUUUGACUUCCGACUGUUAUCUGUUAACGAUGCGUGAUAGAAACAAAUAUUUCCAAGGUCUUACGAGUAGGCCCGACUAUUUGUGUAUUGGUCACAAUUUUUCGGUUUUCUUUUCAUUAAUCUUUUCAUUUUUUUUUAUUCUCAGAGUUAAACCGAAAUACUUGAGACGUGGUUAAAAUUUUGGAGCCAUUACUUUGUUCGACCAACAUUUUUGGCUAGAAGGAAUUCAUGCGAAAAAUUAAAAAUUCAUUGCUUGGUAGCUUCCUAAAUCCAGUAAAAAAAAAAUAUGUGCGGUUGAAUCGCGUAGGAAAAUAUGAGUGAGGGACAAUAUGAACGUACGGACGAUGAAAAUAGAACGUUCAUUAUUCGAUCGUAAUUGAGAAUUCGAGAUCGAUACAAAUAUAUUAUCAAUAUAAAACUAUGCGGGAAAGAAAAUAGCAUAUAGAUUUAUCUUUACUAUUCUUACUGUGAAAUAGCAAACUUUUUCUUUCCUAUCAAAAUAAGAAUUACGUAUUUAUAAAAUGUUAAGUUUGGUACACAGAAAACCGAUUUUAGCAAUCGUAUUUCACGUACUCCAACUUUUAAACUAUGAAAGAGUGCGAAUGAAAAGUGCUGCGAAAAAAAACUCCAGUGUGAAAACAAACUCAUGGUGAAUCGAACAUUUUUACAGUGUAUUUCACGGACUUUGGCAGAAUUUUCGCUACGUCGAUUUGUGCUCGCUCCCAACGAACAUUCGUAUCGUCGAUGUGCGAUGAAAUUGACUCAAAGUGACAUUGGAAGUUUCUAUCGCGAUGACGAGUUUUGGGAUCUUUUGUUCUACGAUUUUGUUCGACGCGUCGAAAAAAUGGUAUAUUUUUUUCAACAUUGUGACAUUUGCGCUCGUUGAAGGGGAAUUUCGAAUAAUCUUGAAGGAUACUUUUUGGAGCUUCCACAUUUUUUAAAUAGAUUUUGCGGAUAGAUUUAUCGAUAGAUUCCUGUAAGUAUUUUCGAGGAAUUUAAGUACAUGGAGUUUCUGAAAUUUUCUGUCUGAAAACAGUGUCGUUGAAAUGCAAGCAUUUUUUUUGCAUUUUUCAAUUCUACUUGAUAUUUUGAAAAAUCGAAGUCCACCUUGCGCACAUUAUUGUGACUGCAUUCGAAAAAUCAGAAACUUUAUUGCCAAGGAAAUAGGACACUGAAAACAGUUCAUUUUUCAUUGCCGACGAUAACGCAACGAAAUCGGCGAAAAUAUCCAUUUGGAUUAAAAUCUCAAUUUAAAGAAAUAUACAUUUCUACGUUUUUCAGCGAUGAAGACGUCAGUUCUAAAAGCCUGCUCUGAUUUAGAAUAGACUUCUGUUUAUUAUUUUUUCGAGGGCUAAAGCAAAUAUUGUUGGGUGAAAAACUGACAUUUCUUCUGUUCGUUAACUCUUUUUUUUCAACAUGAGUAUUCACUGAUAAAUGAGAAGAACGAAACUGAACGAGCAAGAGUAGAGAUGAGAUUUCACUCUCUGGAUGAUAACCAGAGCCUGUAGUUAAAUACAAUUGCAGGGUUCUUUAUAACGAUGCUGUAUCAUCAUAGGAAUUUAUAUUUAGUACAUAGUUUGAAAGAAGAAACAAAAAAAUAUUAAAUCUUGUACAUUGUAUCAUUCAUCCUUCCGCAUCUGUAAAUAAGAAAAUUACUAAAAAAUUCGUAUAGAAAUUGUAAGCUAUUUCUCAAUAUUAAAAAUAAAAAGAUACAAAAAUA